AUGAGUUUUGAACAGGAUAUUCCCGAAAUGGAAACCUCCAUCGACACAUACGAUGCUGUGAUCGUCGGUGCUGGAUUUGCUGGCAUUUACAUGUUAUAUGAAUUACGUAAACGUGGAUACGAAGUGAAAUUAUACGAAGCUGCUGAUGAAAUCGGCGGCACUUGGCAAUGGAACCGAUAUCCUGGUGCACGAUGUGAUGUUGAAAGUAUGCAGUAUUCCUAUUCAUUUAGUGACGAAUUACAACAGGAAUGGCAUUGGACUGAACGUUAUGCUCCACAAUCGGAAAUUCUUCGUUAUCUACAUCAUGUUGUGAAUAAAUUUGAUUUAUACAAAGAUAUCCAAUUGGAAACACGCGUGACAAGUCUCACUUACAAUGAAGAAUUAUCACAAUGGACGGUGGAAACAAAUCACAGUGACCGUGUGACCGCAAAAUUUUGCGUGUUGGCAAGUGGUUGUCUUUCUAUUCCUCGUGACCCUCAUUUCAAAGGUAUCGAACAAUUCGAAGGAAAUGUCUACAGCACAGGCAAAUGGCCAAAGACAACCGUCGAUUUUUCUGAUCGUCGUGUCGCCGUGAUUGGAACAGGAUCAUCCGGUGCCCAAUGUAUUCCUAUGAUUGCUAAACAAGCGUCUCAAUUGUAUGUUAUUCAACGAACACCAAAUUAUGUUAUCUCCGCAUCGAACAAGCCGAUCGAUAACGAAUACGAAAAAGAUUGGAAAUCAAAUUACAAUCAACGCCGACGUCAAAUUUUACAAUCACAAGCUGGUAUGUUUUUUGACACAGAAAAUGAUUCAUCAAUUAUGGAAAUGACCGACAAGGAGCGUUUCGAACUCGGAUGGAAACGAGGCGGCUUUUCGUUCUACACAGCAUUCAAUGGGCGACUAAAUGAUAAGGAUAUUAGUGGAAUUAUUUCCGAUUGUUUUCACGAUAAAAUUUGUGAAAUCGUCAAAGAUCAAAAUAUUGCUCAAGCUCUAACCCCAUAUGAUCAUUUAUUUGGUAGCAAACGUCCUUGUGUGUCUGCUCAAUAUUACGAAACAUUCAAUCGCGAUAAUGUUACACUUGUUGAUAUACGCAAUCGAACAAUUGAUCAGAUUACACCAACAGGUAUUCAGAUCGAUGAUGAACACUUUGAAGUUGAUGAUAUUGUGCUUGCUACGGGAUUCGAUGCUAUCACUGGAGCUAUACUCAAUAUUAAUAUUCAUGGUCGAGAUGAUAAAGCCCUUCGAGACAAAUGGGUUUUACGACCACGUACAUUACUUGGAAUGAUGAUUUCUGGCUUCCCUAAUUUGUUUACCAUUACUGGCCCUGGCAGCCCAAUUGAUUUGAGUAAUAUGAUUCCUCAUAUUGAGGAAAAUGUAAAAUGGAUUGUCAAAGCGGUUGAUUUCCUCAAAAUACACGAAAUCGACAGUAUCGAACCAACAAUAGACGCACAAAACGCCUGGAUGGACCACGUCGAUAUGGUAGCCCGUAUGAAUAUUAAAACAACGGAUAAUGCUCGAUAUAAUCGUUCAAGUAUCCCUGAAAAACCUGGUGUUGCCAUGCGUUAUACUGGUGGUCUUCACAACUAUUUAAAAAUGUGCGAACAAGUGACCCAAGAUGACUACGAAAAAUUCUUCUUACUCAAAGCAUCUUCUUAA